AUGGCAACCCAACGGCUCACACUCGACAACAUCCGGCCAGAGGUGCGAGAUGCGCAGUAUGCGGUGCGCGGCGAGCUGGCGAUGAAGGCGGAGGAGUUUCGCGAGCGGCUGGAAAAGGGGGAUAAGAGCUUGCCCUUCGACAAUAUCAUCUUCGCCAACAUCGGCAACCCGCAGCAGCUCGGCCAGAAGCCGAUUACCUUCUUCCGCCAAGUGCUCAGCAUUCUGGAGUAUCCGCAAUUGCUGGAGAAUGAAGAGGCGCUCAAGGCUUCGUUUGGAUACAAGCAGGAUGUCAUUGAUCGUGCAAGGACCCUGCUCAAGGGCGUGCAGACAAUUGGCGCGUAUAGUCACAGUCAGGGUGCGCCGGCGCUGCGAGAGAGUGUUGCUAAGUUCAUUGAAAGGCGUGAUGGAUUCCCGGCUGAUGCGAAGAAUAUUUUCCUGACCGGUGGUGCUUCGUCUGGUGUGAAUACCAUGUUGAAUGUUAUUUGCGAGAACAAGUCAACCGGUGUCCUGGUUCCUAUUCCCCAGUACCCUCUCUACACUGCCACAUUGGCACUGAUGAACGCCCAUUGCGUUCCUUACUAUCUGGAAGAAGGCAAGGCGUGGGGAACCAACGUCAAUACCAUCCGAGAGUCGGUGGCUACUGCAAAGCGACAGGGGAUUGACGUUCGAGCCAUCGUGGUUAUCAACCCUGGUAACCCAACCGGCGCAAGCCUGAGCCCGGAUGAUGUCAAGAACGUGCUUGAUCUGGCCGUAGAAGAGAGACUAGUUGUCAUUGCCGAUGAAGUCUAUCAAACCAACGUCUUCAUUGGCGAAUUCACAUCUUUCAAAAAGCGGUUGCGUCAGCUACAGAAAGAAACUCCCGGCAAGUACGAUAACAUUGAGCUGGUUUCAUUGCAUAGUGUCUCCAAGGGCAUGGUCGGCGAGUGCGGUCACCGUGGCGGUUACUUUGAACUAGUCAACUUCCAUCCGGACGUUCAAGCUCAGAUCUACAAGUUUAUCAGUAUCAUGCUGUGCCCGUCGGUCAUUGGGCAAUGCUUGGUCGAAUUGAUGGUUAACCCUCCUAAGAAAGGCGAGCCUAGCUAUGAGCUAUAUGAUGAGGAAUACAAUGGCAUUAAGAACGGCUUAAAACAACGUGCGACUGCCCUGUACGACGCGUUCAGGAAGAUGGAAGGCGUCGAAUGCCAGGAUCCACAGGGUGCCAUGUACCUCUUCCCAACCAUCACGCUGCCCCCAAAAGCGCUCCUCGCGGCGGAAAGUGCGGGUAAAAAACCCGACGAAUUCUACUCGCUCGCUCUCCUCGAUGCCACCGGUAUCUGCGUUGUCCCCGGCUCUGGAUUCGGUCAGAAAGAAGGCACACUUCAUUUCCGCACGACGUUCCUUGCGCCAGGUACUGAAUGGGUACAGCGGAUUACCAAGUUCCAUGCAGAAUUCAUGAACAAGUACCGCUAG